AAUCGUGGGAGAGAAUAAAAAAAAAGAAAUUUUGAAUGCUUUUUUGUUUUUCUUCUUUUUUUUCUUUUCUUUUCGCCCUAGUUACACCGCAUCGUCCGAAACCCACCACCGAUCCUCAAGGAGAAGAGGACAAAGAGAAAAAUGACAAAUGGGAGAAGCCUUUUUUUUCCUCUCCUCUACCGGUACCCUACUCUGCUCACUCUUUCUCCCCAUCUGCACACCCUCAUUUGCGCGCUUCAAAAUACCGCAGCUAAUACCGGUAAUUACGGAACCUAGAGGCGCCACAGUAUCACCCCGACACACAUUUGUCAAUGUAUCAUACCCACGGUGCACGUGUACAGUACAGUACCAAGAUUUAUUUGGUUUCCCGCGAGGGAAUUUCUAGAUCUGUAACCUUAUCCUCUUUCUCGGUUCGAUAGUGAGGUUGGUAUGAUAGAUGUACUGCCGGACUCAACUAACAGCAAGCCUAGCCUGUCUCCGCGGGCGCUCACCAAUCUUCAUUACCCCACUACCGAGGUGGAAGCCCCGGUCGCGGUUACUGACAGCGAAGAUGAGACACCCCGGGUCGAUACGGUUUCACGUACCUUAUUCUGGCAGUUUUGGCGGUAUUUUUAGACUAGUGCCCUCCUCCCGGAAGCAUUGCUCGCGAUCUUGCUUUUCUAGAUUUCUGCUACGCGCCCAGUGGGCGGACGGAGGCCCGGAAAAGAAAGGAAACGGAAGAUCAAAGAAGAGGAGGAAAAAGAAGAAUGGGAGGAAAAAGUAAAUUGUGUGGAGGUGUUGCUGGACCAUUGUUGCGAUAUCAUAAGCCAUCACUCGCGUGGUCAGCAGGGAUGGUGAAAUUCCUGGGAAAGUGGAGGUUUGUGGACGGGGUGGAACUCCCGAAGUGGGUUUGUACUAGUACGAGCACUCCCAGGACUACCGUACUCGAGUACUGUGCUGUUCAUGUAGCGUCCCGUAUGUCCUUCGCACUAGCCCAGCCACCUGCCAAGGUUUUGCAUUCCUCCUCAAGGAAACACAAGAGAUGUCUUUUCGCAGAGCUCACCCUGCGCAGUCCUUCUUGUCUCUCUCGCUCUCUUUUUCUUUCUUUUUUUCUUCUUUUACCAAACACAGAGCCGACAUAAUUCAUUUUUUUUUUGGCCAGGCCUCGACUUAGCGACAAUACAUGCUAAAUCCCCAAGUGUUCACCAUUCCUUUUUAUUUAUUUUUCCAACCGGUAAUCCCCGCAAUACUUGCAAAAAGUUUUUUUUUGCGGGGCUUAGGAUCUUUGUAUCUGGUCAUCCUGUGGCUUCAACUCCGCCUCCGGCUGGCCACUUUCGACACCCACCGCGUUCCACUCAAGCCCCGCUACACCAGAAACUGCUCCUCGCUACGCUCACUUGGCCCCGCCGUGACUAGAAACGGCGAGUCUUAAAAUUUGGCGGUGAUGGCUUGAUGAAAUUAGCGACCGAGUUAUCGUAUCUCGAACGAAAGGUACUGAACCACACGGAAUUUGAACACAUGUCCACGUAUACCAUCCGGUAAAAGUCCACUACUGAGAUAGGCUUCUACCAUUCCAUGCGGCUGAGGGAGAGGGAAGUAAGAGUGGAGAGGGGAAAAGAAAAAAGAAGAAAAAAAAAAAGCAAACCUGAUCUCUACACACCUGUGAGAAAGCAAACAGAUUUGGUUUCGCACUCUCACCCAUGAACAUCUGGUGGAGGAGGGGCGAGGCCUAUCCGGCGCUGGGUCAUUGAUCCACGGUGCCCCAAAGGCAAUGGGCGCCCUAGGGCUGGGUCUUGUGUCUCCUUAGACUUCUUUCAGAAAACUGAGAUUUCGUAAUAUCUGGGCCACCCUUUGGGU